AACGCGAACCUAACAGUCUAUUUGCAACAAUCGAUUAAAGCAAUCCUCAAAGUGUGCAACAUACCUGCUACCGUACAACGAAGCAAUCAUAGCAUUACCUAGUAGGUAAAAAAAAGCUUCACUUCCGAUAUAUUUUAUAGGUACCGAUUUGAUUCAUUAUGGCAAACGUAAAGGCUACCCCUACCUUUUUUGGACCGGAGGAAAAUCUCGGACCCGAAGAGCGUGCUGAGCAGCGGCGUAAUCAACAGGCCGAAAUUAUUCGUUGGAAGUAUCGCUAUCAGAAGAUAGAUGCAAUCAAACCUGGAGAAACUGUUGAAGCUUACCAGAUACGAUGCUUAAACAAACGGCUGGUACAUCUCGAGCGCGAGAAAGCUCAAAAAGAGAUUAAAUUGAAAAUCUUUAAUGCUCCCGUCCAUCGUCGUGAGGCAGAAAUUGUUCGUGGCUACAUUUUACGGAUGUUGGACGAUGCCGUACGUUACGAUAAACAGAUCGAAGCAGCUAAAACGGAUAUGAACGAGCUAAUGUCCCAAAUAAAGCGUGCCAACAAUGAGCUAGAAUGUGCCAUCAAGGCACUACCAUCAGACUUUGUGUACGAAGAAGCGUUGGAAAGAUCUCGCACAGAGCUAGCAGCUAUCGAAAGCCGACUCCAUAAUGCUCGGCGGUUGGAAGGUAAGCUGCAUACAGAAAAUCGGAAACAGCGUAGCGAGAUAGAGAACAUGCUCGGCGAACGAAAGCUCUACAAUCAACAGUGGCAGCAGUAUGUUGGUGAGCUAAACAGGAACCGAAAAUUUUUACUCGACAUGAUUGAACGGGCAACAUUGGCUUUCAAUCAGGGUGAAGAUCUGUGCUAUCGGAUCGAUUCGCUGAAAGCUCAGGAAACACGAGAUAAGCGGGCCCGUGUACAGGAGAUGAUAGAGGUGGAAAGGCAGAUUGUAGGCACACGGUAUAUCAACGAGUUCCUGCACACGAAGGGUUUCCAACGGGCUGUUGCGGAUCUCGAUCCAAGGUUGGUCCGAAAGCGCAACCUGUUCAAGACAGUGCACCGGGAUAAAAUCAAUCGUUUCGGUACUAUCAUUGAUGAUACUAAGGAGUACUUAAAGCUUGCCGCGGUUCAGGAUAUUCUGUUGGAAAUAGAAAAACAACAGGACAAGUACACGGCACUGUUUCGGUAUAUGAACAUAACGAAUGCUAAAAUUGAGGAAGCUAAUGGUAUUGCACGUGAUCUCGAGAAGGACAGCGAGCGUCUGCAUGAAGGCGAAAAACGGAAAAGGUUUGCGGAUGAAAGGAACCUGAAGCAGGAUAUGCAACAGCUACUUGCCGCCCAGGAGCACUCGAUGAAACUGAAAGAGGAAGUUAACCUACAAAAGGAGGCACUAGAAAUAAAGCUCGCCAUUGUCGAACAGGCUUUAUCGGUGGUAGGAUUUGAUCGAACAAAAAUAAAACAGCUCAUGGCAGCAACGACCAGUUCCGACCGUGAUCGUUUGACGGAGCAGAACUUGAUGAGUGCCCUAUCUGCCAUCGAGCGGAAGGUGUUGAAGUUGGUUCGAAUGAGUUCGGAUAGCACUGUGGUGGAGGAAGAUGCGCCCAUCAGCACCCUGUACGGAAGCCAGCAGUGUGCCGAGUGUGCCGAGGGUCAGGACGUGAAUCAGCACGACGAGCGUAUAGUGUUACCGACGGAUUAUCAGAAACUGAUGAAGAACGUACAAACACGUGUGACAGCUCCGGAAAUGCAGUACAGGCUACAUACACUGAGUCAGUGCAAACUUCCCAGAUCACGGAUGUUGGUUAAUAAGCGAUACAUGUAACGAUUGAGUGUUGUGUUAGUAACAGU